UGUUCUUCCCAAAAGAAGUUUGUGGCAUCACCUCUUGGAAGUAAGAUGCCAGGCGUUCACGCUCCUCCCGCAGAGGGCAGCCCGGGGGCCUUCCAAGCGGGGUGGUGCAAAGUGUUUGAUGCCGGAAAAACCGCGGCGUGCGGUGCUGCAGAGGUUUUUGAACAUGGGGGCUGCCCCCACCUCUUGCUUCUGGGGGGAGUCCCGAACCCUUGCCCGCUCGGCGCCCUUCGGCCGCGUGCCGGCGCACGCUCUCCGCGAGGCGCGUCCUGGGAACGCGGGGCGCUGCGCGCGCAGGCCUAGCGUAAACUUUCUGUCAGUGCAACUUGGACAUCCCCCGGGAGGCGGGGACGAGGGGCUCCGCGGAGGAGGCGGCGCGAAGGGAAAGCAAAGGCGGCCGCGAGCACAGGGGCGGGUCCCCGCUGGGCCGAGGGCUUGAAAGGGAGCCAAUCGGGCAGCCGUGGCUGCUGCCAAUCAUGCGGCUUCCUCCAAUCCCACCCGUGCCAUUUCCAAAAUACCGGUUCCCCCUGAGCAGCUCAAAUGUGAUGAUCGCUCUGCCAAUCGCUGGAGGACAGACAGAGUGGGAACAGGAAUAAGCAGAGUUAGGAAGCCAGGACAAAGAAGUUAAAAGAGAGCCUGAUACAUACAUGUUUUUGAAGGCGGGCAGAGGGAAAAAAGUACCCCCAGGGAGGGUCUGCGGGUCUUAUUGUGUAGUUCUGAUGGAGCCCCCUUUGAGCAAGAGGAACCCGCCAGCGCCGAGAUUAGCGGAUUUAGCAGCUGCUCAGGCCAGGCCGCUUCAGAAUAUGACAGGCUUCCCGGCGCUGGCCAGCACGCCCGCCCACUCCCACCUCCGCGCUGCAACCGCGCACCUCCGCCCCGGGGACGUGGGCUCUGACCCCGGCGUGGCCAGCACUCCGCUCAGACCCGAGCACAUGGCCCAGGCGAGCGCGCCUGGCCUCAGCCCUCCCUCCCAGGCCAAGUCCCCGGCGGCCGCCGCCCGCGCUGCAGCCUCGGUCGCGCACUCGGGCACCCGCACCUACCCCGGCAGCGGGGGCACCCGCAGCGCGCAGCCCUCCGCGCCCCCGCCCUCGGCCCCUCCUCUUCCUCCCUCCCCUUCGCCCCCUCCCCCUCCCCCUCCCCCUCCUCCUCCUCCUCCUGCCCUCUCGGGCUACACCACCACCAACAGUGGCGGCGGCGGCAGCAGCGGCAAAGGCCACAGCAGGGACUUCGUCCUCCGGAGGGACCUUUCCGCCACGGCCCCCGCGGCGGCCAUGCACGGGGUCCCGCUCGGAGGGGAGCAGCGGUCCCGCUCCGGCUCCCCCCAGCACUCGGCCCCGCCUCCCCACUCGGCCGGCAUGUUCAUCUCGGCCAGCGGCACCUACGCGGGCCCGGACGGCAGCGGCGGCCCCACGCUCUUCCCCGCGCUGCACGACACGCCGGGAGCCCCCGGCGGCCACCAACACCCGCUCAACGGCCAGAUGCGCCUGGGGCUGGCGGCGGCGGCGGCAGCGGCGGCGGCUGAACUGUACGGCCGCGCCGAGCCUCCCUUCGCGCCGCGCUCCGGGGAUGCGCACUACGGGGCGGUGGCGGCCGCUGCAGCAGCCGCCCUGCACGGCUAUGGAGCCGUGAACUUAAACCUGAACCUGGCGGCGGCGGCUGCCGCCGCAGCGGCUGGGCCGGGGCCCCACCUGCAGCACCACGCGCCGCCCCCGGCGCCGCUGCCGCCGCCGGCGCCCGCGCAACACCCGCACCAGCACCACCCCCACCUCCCAGGGGCGGCUGGGGCCUUCCUGCGCUACAUGCGGCAGCCAAUCAAGCAGGAGCUCAUCUGCAAGUGGAUCGACCCCGAGGAGCUGGCCGGGCCGCCGCCACCGCCCCCGGCCGGCGGCGCCAAGCCCUGCUCCAAAACUUUCGGCACCAUGCACGAGCUGGUGAACCACGUCACGGUGGAGCACGUGGGCGGCCCCGAGCAGAGCAACCACGUCUGCUUCUGGGAGGACUGUCCGCGCGAGGGCAAGCCCUUCAAGGCCAAAUACAAGCUCAUCAACCACAUCCGCGUGCACACCGGCGAGAAGCCCUUCCCCUGCCCCUUCCCGGGCUGCGGCAAGGUCUUCGCGCGCUCCGAGAACCUCAAGAUCCACAAGCGCACUCAUACAGGGGAAAAGCCUUUCAAAUGUGAAUUUGAUGGCUGUGACAGGAAGUUUGCCAACAGCAGUGAUCGAAAGAAACAUUCCCACGUCCACACAAGCGACAAGCCCUACUACUGCAAGAUCCGAGGCUGUGACAAGUCCUACACUCAUCCCAGCUCUCUGAGGAAGCAUAUGAAGGUUCAUUGCAAGUCCCCACCGCCUUCUCCAGGAGCCCUUGGUUAUUCGUCAGUGGGGACUCCAGUGGCUGCCCCCUUGUCCCCUGCGCUGGACCCAGCCAGGAGUCGCUCUAGCACUCUAUCCCCUCAGGUGACCAACCUCAAUGAGUGGUAUGUUUGCCAGGCCACUGGGGCCCCCAGCCACCUCCACACACCUUCCAGCAACGGAACCACUUCCGAGUCUGAAGAUGAGGAGAUGUAUGGGAACUCUGAAGUUAUGCGGACGAUACAUUAGAAUUAUUAGUAUAAUAAGUGGGAGUCCUUGGACCAUAUCCUAACCUGAGACAAUGUCGAGCCUGAGACAAACCUGUGACUCAGACUUGCCACCGACUCUAAUUAGCCCUAUUUAUUCAGUAUGAAACCCUAUGGUGUUUGUACAUUUAAUUAAUUUAAUUAAGAUAUUGGGGCUUUUUUUUCCUUAGAAAAAAAAAAAAAACAACCAAGCUCACUUGUACAUUGCAGGGGGACAGGGCUGGGAACAAAUUAUACCAAGGAAAAUGAGUGAAGUAAUUAGGUAAAUCGGAAUACACACUGCCAAUGCAAUGUAUAUUUCUUUAAAAGGGGAGAGAAAGCAUUAAGUCAGAACUCAACACAGCGUCAAGGCCCUCUGCAUUUCCUGGAGUGCCUCCUGAAUGCCUUUGACACCAUAACUUGGGCUUCUUUGGAGGUUCUUCGCCGCCUCCUUGGGUCCUAAUUCUACAAAGGCCUCUUGAUUGUAACCACAUACUUGCUGCAUUGCCAACAGAUCUUGGACUGUACCUGUGUCCAAAAGUACUUACAAAAACCUUUUAAGUUCUAAUACUUGUAAUUUUUAAUUUCCGCUCUUUUAUUACCGGUCUCACCAUAACAGUAUUUUUAUACAGGAUUAUUUCUUCAGUAUCCUGCUUGUACGAUUUAAAAAAACAGAUGCAGCAACCUUAAUACAUCUCCAUAUAUUGUGCUACUGUGAUUGUUCAAGCAAAAGUGGAGAGAAGAUGCU